UGAACAAGACCAGCCAGAUCCAAAAAAAAAAUGGAAAGAAAUUAGAGAACAGUUUCUUUCUGGUCCUUUUCUUACCAUAAAGCGUGAUGUCGCAAGAUAUUAUGCUUAUAACUGCCAAAUACUUCAGCCGAUUUGGCAAUUCUAUCACCAUCAACACGAAAUAUAUUUGGAGAAAUUGGAUAAGAAAAGAAAUGAACACGCAAAAAAAAGGAGAAGGUUGAAUACUUGGGUAUCUAUG